AUAUCGACUCAAUAAAUGACUCACCAUUUUUUCUGAAAUCGAAAGUAGUGGUAAAAUUUCUGGUUUUGAUACACGCGGAGUAGUAUACAAAGAGAGAGGGUCAAGUCUGAAUUAAUUAUUUAUAAUUCUUACGAAAAUGUCUGAUAAAGAAAAGAAGACGCCAUCGAGGAAACCUGUCAGUAAACACGUGGAUCAGAAGUCACGUAGUGAUCGUGAUGUCAACUGGGGCAGACAGGCAAGCGGGCACACGGACGGCCGAAAAGAUGGACGGCCUCUUGAAAACCUUACCAGAAAACCCCAUACCGUGUCACUCGAUGCAAGAAGAACGCCGGCACCGCGUCCGCGGAUCGUGGGGAAUGCCCCCGCACAACUGACCGGGCAGCGAAGUGCACCUGCAAAAACAACCACCGAUUUAAACUUGAAAUUCGAGCAUGGAGCGAGGAUUAAAAGAGAACCGGAUGCGAAGGUUGUGGGCCGGACUAUCGCGCGAGAUGACGACAAGGGGCGAAAGGGCACACAACCCGACGUGGUACCAACGAAACCUCUUGUAUACAAUGUAUACAAAGACACUCCGCAAAACCGAAAGCUCAACAGAGUGGGACUUCCGCUGGGAUCCGCUCAGUACAGCGCCGAGACAGGAAGGAUCACCGCCGUACAGUAUGUGGACAGCCCCAUCAACCGGAAGCUUAAUCGCGUCGGGCUACCAAGGGGAAGUGUCCCUGUAACCAACAAAAGUACUGAGACUGUGGCCAUACCUAAAAUGAUGGAAAAGAUAUUCAACGGUGAUGAGAUGGAUUCAUUUAGCAGCAACCGAGAUAUCCGUGUGGAUAUUCCGGGGAUCUCUGAGGAUACAUACAAGGUCGCGUUUGAACAGGCUCUGUACAGAAUUAACCGGCAAAAGGAGGAGCUUGAUUGGCUAAAAAGCAAGAAAUCAUUCGAAAAUCAGAACCUUACAGGGAUGUCCUUCUUUAAGGGGCGUCUCCCAUAUAAGGAGCUUGAUUUGCGAAGUCAAAUCGGUGAGGGCAACUUUGGCGAUGUAUUCUUUGGAGAAUGGAUGGGCAGUGUACUGGCAAUAAAGAAACUUCGUGAGAAAAUGACAAACAAAAGACUUAAAGACUUCAGUAAAGAAAUGGAUCUCAUUUGUGGUACAUCACACCCAAAUAUUGUCCGGUACAUGGGGUACUGUGAUGAGAGACCGGACAUUUGUAUAGUCAUGGAGUACAUGUCGAUGACGUUGUAUGACGCUUUACAUCUGAGGCACGAUAUUGACUUCAACAACAAAGAACGCUUGCAAAUAAUUCAACAGAUGUGUGAAGGUAUGAAAUAUCUGCAUUCAAAAGAUAUGCCCCAUGCAGACCUAAAACCGAAAAACGUGCUUCUAAAUUACAAGAAAGGCAAAGAAUGCGUUGCAAAACUGUCCGACUUCGGACUCCGCCAAGUUAAAAUUAACGUUGAUACAACGUCAUCAGCAGCUGGCGCCAAAAUAACUCACAAGUCUGCGAUUCCGAGAUACUCCGCACCGGAAGUCCUUUCUGGGGAAAUCCUGAAGAUACCGGAUAUGAUGAAAGCGGAUAUCUGGUCGCUCGCGCUUCUACUCCAUGAAGUGUUAUAUGACGAGGAGCCAUACUUCGACAUGUCGUACAAAACCUUGCUCCAAGAAGUUGGGGCCAAGGGCGUCACACCCAAGGGUCCCUCUGAUGUCCGGAUUGACCACACUGUUAGUGUAACACAGAAAAGGGCGCUAAGCCUCAAUCCGGCAGAUAGGCCAGACAUUACCUACAUGUGUGGUAUAUUAAAAGAAAUUGACAGCAUUUACAAGGAAUAUGCGUAGGGUACCAGAGAGGCUGUGGCAGUUGACUUGUUUGGUAUUCGUCAAACAAAACAGCUAUAAUUGUUUUGAUGUCUUAGACGAGAUCGCUUAAAGAAUUUGUGGCCGAACAUUGUCUCGAAUAUAAUUUAGUUGUUUUUAUUUGUUGUUAUUUUAUGUAUUUAUGCAUACCAUUUAAUCACUUGUUUGUCGAAAAGCAGCUAGAAUUGAGGUUCAUGUCUGAACAAAAGUACCGAUUUAAUUGUUUUUAUUUUGUUAUAUCCUCUUUUUUCAUAAAGUUCAAGGCAUUUUGAACAAAUUAUUUAACAUCAAUAACAUAACAGUUUACAUACAUGUACAUGUUAAAUUAAAACUGUAUUUUAAUUGAAAAUAAUUUUAUUUUGUAUAUUUUGCUGAUUUAAAGAUCAAAUUGCGCAUGCGCAUAGCUCCUUUCCCGGGCUAUAGUAAUGUUCACAAAGAAUUUUAGCUCAGCCUUAGAAAUUGUAUACCUCAAAUUCUUAACGUGUUGUCACUGUAUAUAAUAUAUAUAUAUAUAUAUAUAUAUUUCAUAUGUACAUUCACACUUUUAAGUUACCCUUUAAAAUGGCAGUUUAUAAGAUAAUUUUCAGCAUCUCUGAAAAGUUCUGAUUCUUAAUUUUCAUUUAACCAGGGGCCAAGAUUACCAGCGGUCUAAAGUAAGAGUUCAGGUUCAAGUUGUAAAAUUGAAAAUCUUUUUUUAUUGAUGAAGAAAUUUGCUGAAUAUUUAUAACUCAUUGAAAUUGUGCAAAUAUUUACAUUAAUUCUUGUAAAAUGAAAUGGUGUUUCUUUGUAAUUUUAUUAAAGUACUUUUCAGAGUCUGAGUCUAGACUUGGUCUUCAGGCUGUAAACAAGGUCCCUGGUUUGAAAUUGUUCGGAAACAUAGACCCAGUAGCCGUAUUUAUCAAGCAUCUAAGUAUUAACUAAGUGGACAUUUUCAAAUAUUUAACAAGGAAUAUUUGUAAUACCCUCUAUUUCUCAUCAAAUCUAUGCAUAUGCCUUUAUUCAUUUAUACAAGGUCUUGCUUAUUUUCAUUUUUUGGUGUAAAAAACUAUGUUUUUAUUUAAGCUGCACUCUCACAGAUAGGUUGUUUUGACAACUUUUUUUUUUUUUUUUUUUUUUUGUCUUGGAACGAAUCAAUGUGCGUAAAUGUCUGGAAACCAAUGAUAUAAGACUGUCGACAAAAGAGAAGAUGCGGUUUUUCAUAUUUACGUUCGAACAUUGAUGUUUUAUGGCUCAACGCGUUCUUAAGCGCAUUACGAAAAUAGUUCAGCAGUUUACCAAACAAUUGAGUUCUAUUGUGUAUUAUCUUGAAUGCCUGAAUUGAAGGCAUUGAUGCCAAAACUGAUUCGGAGAUACGAAAAUAAAUAAAAAGGUCAAAAUCUGUAGUAUGUAGCUUUGAAUUUAACCUAAAAAACAAUAUUAAUUAACUAUAAAGUUGUACAUUUUCACUUAGAUGCUUUAUGAAAACGGCUCAAGAACUACAUAUCGUAAAUCUAAAUCAACCUCAGAAUACCAUCAGUCAUAUUACGAAGGCAGCUGAAUAAAACUUAUUUCAAUUCA